CACGUGACCCCGGAGAUGAACAAGCUUCGUCAGAGCCUGAGGAGGAAGAAGCCCACCUACGUGCCAGAGGCCAGCAGACCCCAUCAGUGGCAGUCUGACGAGGAGGCGGUACGCAAGGGCAAAUGUAACUUCGCUGUUCGGUACCUGGGGUUGGUGGAGGUGGAGGAGUCGAGAGGGAUGCAUGUAUGUGAGGACGCAGUGAAGAAGCUGAAAGUUAGCGGGAAGAAGACAGUAAAGGCAGUGUUGUGGGUUUCCGCUGAUGGUCUCAGGGUGGUCGAUGAAAAAACAAAGGACCUCAUCGUGGACCAGACCAUAGAGAAGGUUUCUUUCUGCGCUCCUGACCGUAACUAUGACAAGGCCUUCUCCUACAUCUGCAGAGACGGGACCACCAGACGCUGGAUUUGCCACUGCUUCAUGGCUCUCAAAGACUCGGGGGAGAGACUGAGCCAUGCAGUGGGCUGUGCCUUCGCUGCUUGUCUGGAGAGGAAGCAGCGCAGGGAGAAGGAGUGCGGCGUGACGGCGUCCUUCGAUGCUAGCCGCACCUCAUUCGUCCGCGAGGGCUCCUUCCGUGCCAACGCCGCGUGCAGCCAGAGCAGCAUUGAGCGGGAUGACAAGCUGCAGGACAAGAAGAAAGACCAGCCCUCUGGCAUCCCAGCUCUCCCACCUGGCUCCGCCUCCCCACCCGAGGGCGCAGCGUCCCCCAUGGACCGCCAAGAACCAGGCGGGCCUCACGCCAUCCCUCGCCGCCACGCGCCCAUCGAGCAGCUGGUGCGACAGGGCUCGUUCCGGGGAUUCCCAGCACUCAGCGGGAAGAACUCCCCCUUCAAGAGGCAGCUGUCGCUUCGCCUCAACGACCUGCCAUCCACUCUGCAACGCAAGACUGACUACCAGGACAAGAAUCCUGAGAUGGAUAUGGGGUUGCCAGAUGAGGGGGACUGUUGCAUCAAUGCCCUGUGUAGCCAGAUCAACAACUCCUUCACCAAUCCAUCGGAGGAACUUUUUUGCAACCCCUCCAUGUCAGUGAACGGCCCUCCAACUGGAACUGUGCCCCCUGCAUUGCCCCCACCGCCUGCACCGAUGCAGGCAAACUCCUCCUGGGUGCAGCCAGAGCCUCCACACCACUCUCCUCCUCUGUCUGUGGCAAUGCAGAGGCAAAGCGGACACAGACGCACACCAUCCGAGGCAGAACGAUGGCUGGAGGAGGUCUCGAAGGCCAUCAAGGCUCAACAGAGCCCUCCCCCAGGCCCAACUAUCCCCGCCAUCCCUGGACCGCCCACAAUGUUGAUUCAUCAGAUGUCAAGUCAGACAGCCAUGUCAGCUGCCCCAGUGUCCACUGUCUCCAUGGCCCUUGGCACCAUGACCAAACCUCUCAUCUCGGGCACCUCUGUCCUUUCAAGUCAGGCCUCAAUGCCCCUUCCACCCAUGUCGAUAUCAUUAGUUCCUCUAAUACCAGGCCCUCCAGUGUCAGGGCCUCCUAUGUCCCUUCCUUCCAUGUCAAUCCCCACGAUGUCUGGUCCAAGCAUGUCUGGGGCUCCCAUGAUCCAGCCAUCUCUUCCUGGGCCCCCAGGCUCUCUUCCAAGCUCCAUGCAGCCCUUCCCCUUGGCUUUUGAUACUACCCCGGCCGCUGUGGGAAUGUUUGCCAGCCAGCCUGUUCAGCCAGCAUUUGUGCCCAUGCAGACCUACAUGCCAGGCCUGGCCAGCAGUAUGACCUACCCCAACGCUAGUGUGCCUAUUGUGGGCAUCACGCCAUCGCAAAUGGUGGCCAAUGUGUUCUGCACCGCCACAAGUUCAUCAGGUGCAGGUGGAGCUAUAGGCUCGGCUGGAGGAGGCCCCAAAGUAGGGGCACUCGGAACGGUUGGCCAGUACCAGUCUUACCAAGGAGCACCUGGUGCAGUCGGUUCCACUGGUGGGUUUUCCACACCAUCAUUCUCUUCAACGCCGCCAUUAUCAUCAGCUAUCAAUGGCCUCCCACUACAUAGCAGCGCCAUGAUGAACCUCCAGAAUGGGACGUCCAUCAGUGGCGGGAAUGGUGGCAGCAGUAGCAGUUGGCCACCAGAGGGAAGCCAGCUGACAGCUCCAGUGGCCGGUACUUUUCAAGAGGAUGAUCGCUUUGAGGCAAAGUGGGCAGCACUGGAGACCAAACCAGGGCCUCAGCAACCAGGAAAUAAGGCGCCGGCUGCAGUAGCGAACCCAUUUUCCAACAAUCUACAAAAGACUUUUGAAAUUGAGCUCUAAGACAAACUCUGUCUCCCAAAGCUGUAAGGGUAGUCCUGGAGUUAAAACCUGAGUAAGACAGGCACUAAAGGUCCCUACAGUUAGCCUAGCAUCUGACCUGUGGCCG